AUGGGAGAGAGAAAAGAAAUAUCUGAAUUGUUAAUUUUGAUUGAUUAUCAACAAUUGAUGAUCACGAUGAUGAUGGAUGAAUUGACCAAUAAAGUGUCAAGUUAUUUGAACAAACCAUUAAAUGAGUCAUUGACCAAGUCUAUAAUAUCACAAUAUCAGAAUUGUUCAACUCCUGAUUUGUUUGUUUCGUUUUUGAAUGUAAUUGGAAUCAAACAAAAUGAUCAAGUUAAUGAAAUCAUAAAAUGUAUCAAGAAGAUAAAUAUUACAUCAGGUAGUAGCAAAAUAGAUAAACCACCUAUCAAGAAUACUCGCGAUUUAUUGGACGACUUAGAUGACGAACUAGAAGAGAUUGAAGAUUCCAAACCAAAGAUGAAAAUGAGGAAGAUCUUUAAGAAGAGUGAUAAUGAUGAUGAUGAAUUAGAUGAUCUACUAAAUGAAGAAUCAAAACCAAUUAUGAAAUUCAAAAAUCCUCCUAAAUUUAAGAAAAUAAAACGUGAAGAUGCAUUAAGAAUCAAACAAGAAACUCCCAUCCCCACUCCUUCUCAGACUCCCACAACGAUGAUAAAGCCAAAGACAUCCACUACUAAUAUCCCAUCAUCGUUACCAUCUCCAGCAUCAACUCUUCAAGAUGAAGAUGAGAAUUACACUUUUGAUAUUAAUAUUCCUACAAAUUUAGAAGUGGAUCGAGAAUGGUAUAACAUAGAUGAAGAAUCGUCGUUAGCAAAAACAGAUGAAAUUCUUGAAAAUUCAUAUAAACCACGACAUCGUCGAAAACAACAUUUACAACAACAACCACGGAAAUCUCAAACGAUAUCAACUGGAGGUGGAUUUAAUGAAUAUGGUGAAUAUAUUGAUUAUGAUCAUUCAUCAGAAAAUGAACUAAACAAAAUUCCUAUAAUUAGUAAUGUUUUAAUUCCUCCAUUUCUAGAAAAUCAGAAACAAUAUUUAAGUUUACAAAUUUCUGGUAAUACUAUUAAUGGGAAAAUUGGACCUACUGUUGAUCCUAUAAAAGAUCAUACUUCUGAAUUAGCAAAUAUGGCAAAACAAGGUUCGUUGGUUGUUCAAAAUAGACGUUCAAAACAAGAACGUGCAUUACAAGCUAAAGAAUCAAUAGGUGUUGAAACUAAAGAGGAGGAAGAAGAAAAAGAGGAUCAAGGAGUGGAUGAGGAUGAGGAGAAGGGGGAAGAGGUUGAUAUUGUUCAACAAAGAAGAUCAUUACCUGCAUUUGCCGUUCGUGAUGAAUUGUUAACUACCAUUAGAGAUAAUCAAGUCACUAUAGUGAUUGGUGAAACAGGUUCAGGUAAAACUACACAAUUGACUCAAUUUUUAUAUGAAGAUGGAUUUGGGAAAAGUUUAGAUAAACAUGGAGAAAAGAAAAUUAUAGCAUGUACACAACCAAGAAGAGUAGCUGCUAUGUCAGUGGCUAAAAGAGUAAGUGAAGAAAUGAAUUGUAAAUUAGGUGAAGAAGUUGGGUAUUCAAUUAGAUUUGAAGAUAAUACUGAUUCAAAUAAAACAAUUAUUAAAUAUAUGACUGAAGGUAUAUUAUUAAGAGAAAUAUUAGGUGAUCCAAAUUUAUCAAAUUAUAGUUGUAUUAUAAUGGAUGAAGCACAUGAAAGAUCAUUAAAUACUGAUAUCUUGUUAGGACUAUUUAAACAACUAUUAAUCAAAAGGAGAGAUUUGAAAUUAAUUGUUACUAGUGCAACGAUGAAUGCUAAUAGAUUUACUAGAUUUUUUGGGUUCUGCUCCUCAAUUUACAAUUCCAGGAAGAACUUUCCCAGUUGA